GGCACGCACAUGGGACGCGUUUAAAAAAGGAUCCAGCUGAGAGAAGUUGUUCAACAUCUGGAGCAGCUGCGACACAAAGAGGAGGAGGACAGGACAGCAGGACAGACAGGGCAGAAGGACAGAGAAGGACAGAGAGGACAGAGAAGGACAGGAGGACACGCAGGGAUUUGUUGGGACUGUUUUAUUCUCAGUGUUGGACACACAGCGGCUCCUCCAUUUUUAAAAACCCUCCUCCUCCUCCUCCUCCUCCUCUUCCUCCUCAGCUGCAGGAUGACAACACAUUUCAGGAGCGGACCUGCCUUCGGACUUUCUGCCGAGGUCAAGAGUAAACUCGCCGGGAAGUACGACCACCAGAAGGAGGAAGAGCUCCGGCUGUGGAUUCAGGACGUGACCGGCAAGAGGAUGGGAGACAACUUCAUGGAGAGUCUGAAGGACGGGGCGCUGUUGUGCGAGCUCAUUAACGUUCUGCAGCCGGGUUCCGUGAGAAAGAUCAACAACUCCACUCAGAACUGGCCUCAGCUGGAAAACAUCGGGAACUUUGUGCGUGCGAUCACAGAGUACGGCCUGAAGCCACAUGACCUCUUCGAGGCCAACGAUCUGUUCGAGAAUGUCAACCACACUCAGGUCCAGAGCACACUCCUCGCUCUGACUGGCAUGGCCAGGUCUAAAGGUUUCCAGUCCAAGUACGACAUGGGAGUGAAGUACGCCGAGAAGCAGCAGCGCCGCUUCGCCCCGGAGAAGCUGAGGGAGGGACGCAACGUCAUCGGCCUGCAGAUGGGCACCAACAAGCUCGCCAGCCAAAAGGGCAUGACCUCGUACGGCACGCGACGCCACCUGUAUGAUUCCAAGAUCGGCAUGGAGAACCCGCUGGACCAAUCGACCAUCAGCCUACAGAUGGGCACCAACAAGGGAGCCAGCCAGGCCGGGAUGACGGCUCCGGGAACCAGGAGGCACAUCUUUGACAAGAAGCUGGACCUGGAGAACUGUGACAGCACCACCAUCUCCCUGCAGAUGGGCACCAACAAAGUGGCGUCCCAGCAGGGCAUGACCUCCUACGGCCUGCCCCGCCAGGUCUACGACAACAAGUACUGCGCCAACCCCACCGAGGGCUGCGACAACGGCAGCGAGGCCGAGUUCGACGGCUACAACCAGUACUCGGAUGAAUAAGAAAUAAAGAGAUGACUCACGGACAGCCACACUGACCCCACCCCCGCCCUCCAUUUUGCUUUGACUCCCGACAAACGACCACGACUGUGACGAGCAGAUUUUUCUUCAUCACUGACUCGUGCCGUCGUUCCCCCCU